AUGUUGCGCCAACGGGCUUACCGGGAAGUUCUCUCAAAAACAUGGUUUAUACGGUUUCAAACAACACUGAGGUCGAAUUCGCAACAGGUUUGCGUCCGGCUUCUCCCCAGCCCUCGCUGUUUCUUCGACGAACCGGUGCACGUGAAGGUAGAUGGACUUUCUCCGCACCAGAAAGUAGAGUUGAGGUCCAAACUCAGGGAUGAUAAAGGGGUCACCUUCAGCGCUUCCGCUUUGGUCGCUGCAGAUCCUAGCGGACAGGUGGACCUGUGCCGCUCUCCAUCUCUGGGCGGCAGUUACACGGGAGUUGAAUCCAUGGGCUUGUUUUGGGCCAUGGCGGCCGAGACUCCACACAGCAAACUGUUUAAAAAAAAUGUGUUGGGUUCAAUGAUGGUUGACAUAGAAGUGUUGCAUGGGGACACAGGUGAUCUCUUGGCCACAGAGACCAACGAGAGGCGGUUCAUGACGGAAGGGGUAAGGAGAAUACCGUUGGCCUUGAACAAAGGGAGAAUUCGGGGAGUCCUUUUUCUACCACCCGGUUAGUAGGCGAUUCAAAAUGCUCUGAAUUGGGAAAUUAUAUUUUUGGGUGCACAGGACCAGGUUUAAGAAACAAUGUUCUAAGGAAAUGGAAAUCCAUUGAUUGUAUGUACUGUAGGCCUACACAUACCUUUUUAAGCAAAGGCCUAUAUUGAUGAUUGAAAAGUGUCUGAAUAUGUUGUGUGAGCUCUCCUAAGAAAAACACAAAUUACAGUUUAGAAGGCCUAUAGGCUUAUGCCUUGAUCACACGGACAGCGUCAUUGUGCAAAAUGGUACGCAGCAUAAUCUGGAUAUGUGUGCAACAAAAGUUAAACAUUCACCUUCUGCUACCAUUUCUGUCAAGCCGUCUACGCAUACAGUUUGACUCAUACGUUCGAUAAAUCCAACGUAUGCACCACACAUAUCCUCACAUGGUCUCUCCUAUCAUUGCUACGCAGACGACACACAAUUAUUUUUCUCCUUUCCCCCUUCUGAUAACCAGGUGGCGAAUCGCAUCUCUGCGUGUCUGGCAGACAUAUCAGUGUGGAUGUCGGAUCACCACCUCAAGCUGAACCUCGGCAAGACGGAGCUGCUCUUCCUCCCAGGGAAGGACUGCCCGCUCCAUGAUUUCGCCAUCACGGUUGACAACCCCAUUGUGUCCUCCUCCCAGAGUGCAAAGAACCUUGGCGUGACCCUGGACAACACCCUGUCGUUCUCUGCUAACAUCAAAGCGGUGACCCGAUCCUGCAGGUUCAUGCUCUACAACAUUCGCAGAGUACGACCCUACCUUACACAGAAAGCGGCACAGGUCCUAAUCCAGGCACUUGUCAUCUCCCGUCUGGAUUACUGCAACUCGCUGUUGGCUGGGCUCCCUGCCUGUGCCAUUAAACCCCUACAACUUAUCCAGAACGCUGCAGCCUGUCUGGUGUUCAACCUUCCCAAGUUCUCUCAUGUCACCCCGCUCCUCCGCACACUCCACUGGCUUCCAGUUGCUGCUCGCAUCUACUACAAGACCAUGGUGCUUGCCUACGGAGCUGUGAGGGGAACGGCACCUCCUUACCUUCAGGCUCUGAUCAGACCCUACACCCAAACGAGGGCACUACGUUCAUCCACCUCUGGCCUGUUAGCUCCCCUACCUCUACGGAAGCACAGUUCCUGCUCAGCCCAGUCAAGUCACUGACCACCUUCCGGAGACACUUGAAACCCUACCUCUUUAAGGAAUACCUGGAAUAGUAUAAAGUAAUCCUUCUUCCCCCACCCCCCUUAAAAAAUAAAAAGUGGUUGUCCUACUGGCUAUCAUAAGUUGAAUGCACCAAUUUGUAAGUCGCUCUGGAUAAGAGCGUCUGCUAAAUGAUGUAAAUGUAAAAAUGUAAACAUAACGCACUGCCUCUGCAACGCAAUGCUGCAAGGCAAACGCAGCGUUCCAUUGGAAAUGAAUGAACUUCUGGUGUACCAAAAUGCAAUGACGCUGUCGAUGAGAUCGAGGCACUAGGCCUUUGCAUUAGAUAACAAAGCCUACUUUGCAUUGCAUGGGUUUUAUAAAGGUAGGCCAGAAACCAUCUCCACCUGCAGUGAGUGACAAAACAGUAACAGUCCUACAUUUCUCUUGUUGUUCUCUCUCUCCUAUUCCUCUUUUAUUCCCCCAUCCUCACAGGGCAGGGUCCAUUCCCCGGUGUACUGGAUGUGUAUACUCUGGGUGGAGGUAUAUCAGAGGUCCGGGCAAGUCUGCUGGCUAACAAAGGCUUUGUGGUUCUGGCUCUGGCCUACUCUGGCUUCCAGGACCUGCCCAAAACCGUGCCUAAAUACUUUGAUCUGGAGUACUUUGAAGAGGCCAUCACUUUCCUGAGGCAACAGCCACAGGUUAGUGGAGGAAAAAGAUAAGUGCCCAUAUUCAUAAAACAUCUGAGACUAGGAGUGCUGAUCUAGGAACAGGUUCCUCAUGUCCAUAUAAUGUCCAGCACUCUUAACUCUGAGACACAUUGUGAAUGUGGGCCAUUUGCUCCAUGGGAAGAAAAUGUCACCUUGAGGUUUCUCUCACUAUGCUUCAAUAUUUAGUUAGCUGUGUAAAUGCUACCAUCUAGUGGCUGCUGUUUGCUCUACUCCAGGGGUUCUCAAACCUUUUUAGGGCCGGGACCCCAUUUGUGUUAGCAAAUUCAUCAGGGACCACCUAACAGAGAUGAGACCAAGUGACAAUUUUGCAAGUCUUAACCUUUGAGUCUCGAGUCAAGUCCCAAGUAAUAAUGGACAAGUCUAAAGUAAAGUCCCAAGUUCCACAGCUCAGGUCAAGUCACAAGUCCCUAAUUUUGGGUUUUGAGUCCUCAAGGCAAUGGUUAAGUGUUUUAUGCCAAUUUCAUUGCAAUACAUCUGUGAUUUUGGACUCACAUGUUUUACAAACUGCAUUUUUUUAGUAGAAUAUACUUUUCAAAAGUCACCAGAACUGAGCUUCUCAGUCCUUCUACAUAGAAAUUCUCCCGAGGAGGAUCCCGGACCCUAAGCAAGGGGACUGGAAUUGGUCAAAACCGCAGUUUAAUACAUUAACAAAAUGAUCCUCUUUCCAAAAAGCAUGAUGGUCAUGACUUCCUACAUUAAAGGGGAGGUUAACUUGGCCCCAGACAAUCGAUCUGAGAUAGACUUAAGUUUCAGUCAUGGUAUUUUUUUUGCUUUAACCCCUGUGACAAUAAAACAUUUUUUUUUUUUUUUUUUUACUCUCUUCCUCUAGGUCCAGGGUCCAGGAAUAGGAAUCCUGUCCAUCUCUAAGAGUGGGGACCUGGCUCUGUCCAUGGCCUCUUUUCUCUCUGGCAUCUCAGCCACAGCCUGUAUCAACGGCAGCAAUGCUAAUACGGUGGCGCCACUGCACUACAAAGACCUCGUCAUCCCUUCGGUCACGCCUAUCGUAGAGAACAUCACCAUCUCACCGUCCGGCCUCCUCGACAUCCGAGACGCCUUACCGGACCCAGAGACUGAGGGGAACCGCGGUUCUGUGAUCCCAAUAGAACGUUCCAGUUCUAGAUUCCUCUUCGCCGCCUCUGAGGACGACAGGAAUUGGAACAGCUGUCUCUUCGCCCAACAGGCCGCCGCCCAGGCUGAGGCAUCAUGGGAAAGAGAACUUUGA